GAAGCGCGAGAGAGCGAAGUGGGCGCCCGACCCCGGGAUGCCGCUGGCGGGAGAGGCGGAGGCGCGCCGCCGCCGAGCGACGCGGAAGAGGCUGGAGAAGUUCGCCGAGUUGAGAGGUAAAACUGUGCAGACUGGAGAGUUUUGGGAUGUUGUUGUGAUAACAGCAGUUGAUAAAAAGCAAGAAAUAGCUUAUCAAAAACAAUUGUCAGAAAAGCUGAAAAGAAAAGAAUUGCCUCUGGGAGUGGAUUAUCAUGUUUUUGCUGAUCCUCCUGGACCAAAAAUUGGAAAUGGUGGAUCAACACUUCACGCCCUUCAGUGUUUAGAAGAGCAUUAUGGAGAUAAAUGGGAUACCCUCACUAUCAUAUUAAUUCAUUCUGGUGGUUAUAGUCAACGUUUACCAAAUGCCAGUGCCCUGGGAAAAAUUUUCACAGCUUUACCUUGUGGGGAUCCAAUUUACCAAAUGCUUGAUUUGAAAUUAGCCAUGUACAUUGAUUUUCUUGCUUGUAUGAAUCCAGGUGUUUUGAUUACCUGCGCAGAUGAUAUUGAAUUUUAUAAUAUUGAUGCAACAGAACUCCUAAGGUUUAAUCAGCCUGGAUUUACUGCAUUAGCUCAUCCUUCCAGUUUGAGCAUUGGUACAACUCAUGGAGUUUUUGUAUUUGAGCCUCCGUUACACCUGACAGAAAAAGAACUUGAGUACAGAUCUUGUCAUCUUUUUCUGCAUAAGCCUAGCAUUGAAAAAAUGUAUCAGUCUGGAGCAGUGCAUAAAAGGAGCGAUUAUCAAACAUCACCUUCUGGAGAACUGGGAGAUUCACUUAUGGAAUCUGAGUUUGUAUAUACAGAUAGCUUAUUUUACAUUGAUCACACCACUGCAAAACUUCUGCUAACAUUUUAUAAACAGAUAGGCAAACUUUGCUAUGAAAUAGAUGCCUAUGGUGAUUUUCUGCAGGCAUUAGGGUCUGGAGCAACAAAAGAUUAUGCAAAAAAGAUUGAAAAUGUCACAAAAGAAUCAGGUCUAAUAGAAAUAAGGGAGAAGGUAUUUAAUAUACUAAAAGGUUUGCCUCUCAAUGUUAUACUCCUAAAUAAUUCCAAAUUCUAUCAUAUUGGAACUACCCGUGAGUGUUUGUAUCAUUACACUUCUGAUAGAAAAAUGAAAUUGGAGUUGGGUCUUUUGCCAAAUGUUUUUAGCAUCUGUUCAAACAAGGCAGAAGACUUGGAUAUAUCAGCUUGUAUCAUUCAUAGUAUGCUUAGUUCAAAGUGUUGCGUUGCACCUGGUUCGCUAAUUGAAUAUUCUAGAUUGGGUUCCAAGGUUUCAGUGGGAACAAACAGUAUCAUCAGUUGCUGUUCCAUUAACACAAAAGCAGAUAUACCCCCAAAUACUUUUAUGACAACCCUAAGCAUAAGAAUUGAUGGAGAAUUAAGGUAUGCGAGCAUAGUGUUGGGCAUAGAAGACAACUUGAAACAGAACGUGGAAAAUCUUGGAGAUAUACAUCUACUAAGUUUUUUUGGCAUUGGUCUUAAACAAUGCUUAGAGUUUUGGGGCUUGAGAAUUUCAGAUGAGCUCUUUUCGGGGGAAAAAACAUGUUUGGGUUUGUGGACAGUUCGAAUCUUCCCUGUAUGCUCCUAUUUAAGUGAUUCAGUAAAAGUGUCAUUAGGGAUUUUAAACUCUGUACAAAAUAAGUCCCCAUUUAAGUUAGAUAGUUUUAAGCUGUUGUCUAUUGAACAAAUGCUUUGCUACAAAGAUAUUGAAGACAUGCUGAAAUUCCGGCAGGAACUUUAUGAAGAAAUCAAUCUGCAGAAACUGAAAGAGAAAUCUAUUAUAUAGAAGUGGCUGAAAAAUGUUACUUUUCCCCAUAUUUUAAUUCAAUAAUGGCUAAUUGCUUUCAAGGUUUCCAAACCCCAGAAGCAAGCACUAUGCAUUUUUUUUGUGUUUCAUUGAAGUAGAAAUAAUGAAACUGCAUUAAGACUGUUAUUGUAGCAUAA